AUGACUCGGUGGAUUCCGACAAAGAAAGAAAAAUAUGGCGUUGUUAUCUAUAACUAUGAUGCAAACGGGGAGCAGGAGUUGGGCCUGCAGGUGGGGGACACAGUACACAUACUUGAGAUGUUUGAAGGGUGGUACAGAGGAUACACUUUACGCCAGAAAUCCCAAAAGGGAAUUUUUCCAGCCACGUAUAUCCACUUGAAAGAAGCUAAAGUUGAAGGGACAGGCAAAAAAGAGACAGUGAUACCAGCAGAUUUGCCACUGGUGCAAGAGCUUGGUGCUACACUGAGAGAGUGGGUACAAAUAUGGAACAAGCUUUAUGUGAACAAUAAGGCCGCACUCUUCCAGACCGUUCAGCAGAUGACCUACAACCUAAUUGAAUAUCGCUCACAGAUUGUGUCAGGAACGCUUCCAAAAGAUGACCUUAUAGAGCUCAAGAAGAAAGUCACAGCAAAAAUUGAUUAUGGAAACAGGAUUCUGGGGUUGGAUUUACUUGUUCGUGAUGAGGCUGGAAAUACAUUAGACCCAGAAUGUACCAGUACAGUUAAUUUAUUCAGAGCCCACGAGUCUGCCUCCCGCAGUAUCGAUGAGAAGAUACAAGAAGAGAAGACACGUCUCCAAAACCUGGCCAUGCGACGGCAGUCUUUCUUCAGCAUAGCACACACCUACAGCCUGCUUAUGAACCUCAAAAACUUUGUGUGCAACAUUGGUGAGGAUGCUGAACUCCUCAUGUCCCUCUAUGACCCGGACCAGUCUGAGUUCAUCAGUGAAAAUUUUUUGGUACGCUGGGACAGUAAAGGCAUGCCUAAAGAGAUUGAGAAGCUCAAUAAUCUGCCUGCACUUUUCACGGACCUAAGCAGCAGUGAUCUGAUCAGGCCUCGUCUGUUCCUGGUGUGUCAGAUAAUCCGUGUGGGUUGCAUGGAGCUGAAAGAUGGCAAAAGGCACACAGGAGGCCUACGGAGGCCUUUUGGCGUAGCAGUAAUGGAUAUCACAGACAUUGCUCAUGGGAAAGCUGAUGAUGAAGAAAAACAACAUUUCAUUCCUUUUCAGCAGAUUGCCAUGGAAACAUACAUCCGCCAAAGGCAACUGAUCAUGUCUCCUCUCAUCCCAUCUCGUGUUAUUGGAGAAAAUGAGCCUCUUACAGCAGUUUUCAACAAAGUAAUUGCAACACGAGAAGUCAACCAUAAAGGACAGGGUCUGUUUGUGACCCUAAAGUUGCUCCCAGGUGAUCUGGCACAAGUCCAAAAGGACUAUCCUCAUUUUGUGGAUCGCACAACUUCCAUAGUCAGGAAAAUGGGUUUUCCUGAAAUCAUCCUCCCAGGAGAUGUGAGGAAUGACAUCUAUGUGACACUGCUGCAAGGAGAGUUUGAUCGUGGCAAGAAGAAGACACCUAAAAACGUAGAAGUUGUGAUGAGUGUGCUUGAUGAUGAAGGGAAACAAAUAGAGAAUGCCAUAUUUCCUGGAGCAGGCUAUGAUGGGAUAACUGAGUACAAGUCAGUAAUAUAUUACCAAGUCAAGCAGCCCUGCUGGAAUGAAACAGUAAAGGUGGCAAUCCCCAUAGAGGAUGUGUGCCGCUGCCAUCUCAGCAUGACUUUCAGACACAGAUCUUCUCAGGAUGCAAGAGAUAAAUCAGAAAAACCAUUUGGCGUGGCUUUUGUUCGGCUGAUGAAGUCGGAUGGUACAACUCUUCGAGAUGGAAGACAUGACCUUGUAGUCUACAAGGUGGAUGUGAAGAAAGCAGAAGAUGCCAAGACAUAUUUGACUCUGCCUGGCUCAUGGGCUGAAGUGGAGGAGUAUGAGAGACAGAGUGGAAAACCCAUUCAUCAUUCAACCCUAAUUCCCAUCACCAAGGACAGUUUCCAGAUAAGCACGCUCACUUGCUCUACAAAGCUCACGCAGAAUGUGGAUCUGCUGGGCCUUCUUAACUGGAGAUCAAAUCCUGAGAAAUUAGAGGAGAAUCUUCAGAGAUUAAUGGAGGUUGAAGGAGGAGAGAUUGUUAAAUUCCUUCAGGACACACUGGAUGCACUUUUUAACAUCAUGAUGGAGACUUCUGAGAAGGAUACUUAUGAUACUCUAGUAUUCAAUGCCUUGGUGUUUGUAAUUUCGCUUAUUGGGGAUGUAAAAUUUCAGCACUUCAACCCAGUCCUUGAGGCAUACAUAAACAAGCACUUCAGCGCCACGCUGGCUUACAUGAAGUUGACCAAAGUGUUGAAUUAUUACAUUAGCCAUGCUGAGGACCCAGUUCACUCAGAGAGGCUCUAUGCUGCCCUUAAAGCCUUCAAGUACCUCUUUCGUUUUAUUGCACAGUCUCGAAUCCUUUAUUUCAGAUUUUAUGGCAGUAGCGAGGAUGGUGAUGAUUUUUUUGACUCCAUUCGAACCCUUUUCCUGUCUGUUAACACUUUGAUGGACCGGCCUCUGGAUGAAGCUGUGAAGAUAAAGGGGGCAAUUCUGAAAUACAUUCCAGCCAUCCUCAAUGACAUCCAGCAGGUUUUUGAUCCAGUGGAGCUUAGUGUCCUGGUGGCUAAGUUUAUUGAGAGUAUUCCAGACACCCAGCUGGUGAGGCAGAAAUUGGGGUGUAUGGUGAAGAUUGUGGAGGGUGACCUUUUCAAACUGCCUGACUGCCGUGAUGUGCUGUUACCCCUGUUCACGGACCAGCUUAGUGGUCAGUUGGAUGACCAUUCCAAUAAGCCUGAUCAUGAGGGUUGCGUGCACCUCCUCAGUGCUAUACUGGAUAUGCUGGACCGCAAAGAUGUGGGAUCCAUGAAGAGUCAUGUGCAGUUAAUUAUGGAGCGACUCUUAAGGAGAGUCAACCGCACAGUCAUUGGAAUGAGCAGAGACUCUCCUCUAAUUGGGCAUUAUCUGGCUUGCAUGACUGCCAUUCUGAAACAGAUGGAAGAUGACCACUAUGACUACUAUAUUAGCACCUUUAAAACAAGGCAGGACAUCAUUGACUUCCUGAUGGAGACUUUCAUCAUGUUUAAGGACUUGAUGGGGAAUGUAUUUCCCUCAGAUUGGAUAAUCAUGAACCUCCUGCAAAUGCAAGUGUUUAUGCGUGCAAUAAACCAGUACUCUGAAGUUCUCAAUCAUUAUUUUUUGGAUCCUGCACACUUCCAUCUCCAGCUAUGGAACAACUACUUUCACCUCAUUGUUGCAUUCCUUACCCACAAAUCUUUGCAACUGGAGUCCUUCUCUCUUGAGAAGCGCAAUAAGAUUCUCAACAAGUAUGGGGACAUGAGAAAAUGCAUUGGAUUUAGGUUACGGGAUAUGUGGUACAAUCUUGGUCCUCAUAAGAUGAAGUUUAUCCCUGGAAUGGUGGGGCCUAUCUUGGAAGCCACUCUAGUCCCUGAGCCAGAGCUGAGGAAGGCCACUAUACCCAUUUUCUUUGAUAUGAUGCAGUGUGAACACCACUUUAGUCCCAACCGAACAUUCCAAAGGUUUGAGCAUGAAUUGAUUACUAAGCUGGAUCAAGAGGUUGAAGGAGGUCGUGGUGAUGAGCAAUACAAACUUCUACUGGAAAAAACGCUGUUGGAUCACUGCAGGCGUCACCGGUACCUGUCUCAGUCUGGUGAGGAGCUGGCUCUGCUGUUGAGCACUUUGCUGGAGAACCUGCUGGCUUACCGUACUAUCACCCAUGAUGAGAACCCUGAACUCCGUAUGAGUUGCACAGUCAAUGUGCUGAACUUUUACAAAGAGAAAAAAAGGGAAGACAUCUACAUCCGGUACUUAUAUAAACUCCGUGACCUGCACUUAGACUGUGAAAAUUACACUGAGGCUGCUUAUACACUGCUAUUGCAUGCUGAGUUGUUGGAGUGGUCAGAGAAGCUCUGUGCUCCCCACCUAAUACCACGUGGAGCUCUGGGAGCUCCUGCAUGUACCCAACAGGAACUGAAAGAGAGGCUCUUCCAGGAGAUUAUAUGCUACCUGGACAAGGGCAAAAUGUGGGAGAAGGCCAUUGAGAUGAGCAAGCAGCUUGGCAAGAUGCAUGAGAAUCAAAUCUUUGACUUUAUGGAGCUCAGUCAUCUUCUGAAACAGCAAGCACAGUUUUAUGAGAACAUCAUGCAUGCUAUGAGGCCUCAGCCUGAGUACUUUGCAGUGGGUUACUAUGGCCAGAGCUUCCCCUCUUUUCUCAGGAACAAGAUGUUCAUCUACCGUGGGAAGGAGUAUGAAUGGCUAGAAGACUUCAGCUUGAAGUUACUCUCUCAGUUUCCCAAUGCAGUCAGGAUGACCAGCACAGCAGCCCCUGGUGACAACAUAUGCAACUCAGCUGGGCAACAUAUCCAGUGCUUUACUGUCAAGCCUGUCCUCAGCUUACCACCACAGUUCAAGGACAAGGGGGUUCCAGAACAAAUCCUUAAUUACUACAGGACAAAUCAGGUAGACCAUUUCCAGUACUCUAGACCAUUCAGAAAAGGUGAAAGAAUUCCAGAAAAUGAGUUUGCUACGAUGUGGAUUGAAAGGACCACAUACAUCACAGCCUACUGCUUUCCAGGAAUACUUAAAUGGUUUGAAGUGAAAUCUAUGUCAGUGGAUGAGAUCAGUCCACUGCAGAAUGCAAUAGAAACCAUGGAGUUGGCUAACGAGAAGCUGAGUAAUCUUGUGCAGCAACAGGCUUGUGACCACACUCUCAGUGUACACCCUCUGUCCAUGAUGCUCAGUGGCAUUGUGGACCCAGCCGUCAUGGGUGGUUCCUCGAACUACGAGAAGGCAUUUUUCACUGAGGCUUAUAUGCAGCAGCACCCUGAGGAUCUAGAGCGCAUUGAAGUGCUCAAGCACCUUAUUGCUUUACAGAUCCCACUGUUGGAUAAGGGAAUACAAAUCCAUGGAGAAAAAUCCACAGAACAGCUGAAGCCUCUUCACAACCGCCUUGUCACUUGCUUUCAGGAGUUGAGGGAGAAGGUGCAAAAGCAGUAUGGCGUCAUUACUCUGCCAUGCUCUCUGACAGAAAAGAAGAAAAGCCGUGUGGGAUCAGUGGUGAUGCCUUACAUCAUGUCCUCUACGCUGAGACGCAUGUCCACCAUCUCCAUGUCUUCUAACUCCAUGUUGUCUAAUGCCUCCUCAAGCCUCUCUAGUACUUCUGGGUCUUCUGAGGGCAACUCUUACAGAGCUGGUUCCCAGGAGUAUGUAAACCACAUUAUUAAUGAUAGGAGAACAUCGGUUCUGUCCGGCUGUGAGGAGGAUAAUCGAAUCAGCAAAAAGAACAGGAAAGAAUGGAGUAUGAGCAAGUCUCAGGUCCUCUGUGAAAGACCAAUAGACACAAAUGAGAGUUCCCCUAAGAAGCAGCAGAGGCCUAAGAGUUUGACUAUCGGGGAUCGACGACUUGCACUGUCUUUGUUUCAUGGAGAGCCUGCUAAUUUCAGCCUGCACAACCCUCUUAGCCCCCUGCCUGCCUCUCCUCACACCCCUCGGAGCUCUAGUUAUUCAUCUUUGUUGAGUAACCACAGUGCCAACACUUCUGACAACUCAACCACACCUCCACCAAUGCCCCCCAAAAAGCAUCCAUAUGAGGGUGACCAUGCUCUUAACCCCUAUGAGUUUACCUCUCUGUCACCACUGAAGGUGGACUGUAAGCCUCCACCUCCACCACCUAAAACUCGCAAGUCCAUGUUUCCCACUCAGGAAUACAAUCCACAGUGAAAAAGUUGACACAUUAUACUGCCUUAGUGCACAUGUGUGUAAAUAUGUUAGUUAAAAGAAUGGGACUCUGGCCUCUAGUGUGUUAUUUUAAAUGAUCUCCACACAUUUUCAAGCAAAAGUUGGUGCGUGCUUUCUACUGUUUUUUUUUUUUUUUUUUUUUUU